AUGGGUAUCAGAAAAUAUCCAUGCUUCAUGUUUUUUGUAUUCUUCAUAUGCUGCUUCUUUUUCACCAACAUUCUCUCCCAUGGAGCUGACACCAUCUCUGCAAAUCAAUCUCUUUCUGGGAAGUUUGAACUGGGUUUCUACAAACCAGGCAAGUCCUCAUACUAUUACAUAUCCAUGUGGUACGCUAAAGUAUCUACUCUAACAAUAGUUUGGGUAGCCAAUAGAGAUAAUCCCAUCUCUGAUAAGUAUUCCUCUGUACUCAAAAUCUUAGGUGGUAAUUUGGUGAUUUUAAAUGAAUCCCUAACCCUGAUUUGGUCCACAAAUCAGAACUCUACCACUUCCAAUUCUGUGGUGGCUGUUCUUGGGGAUGAUGGGAAUAUGAUUUUGAGAGAUGGGUCUAAUUCAAAUCGACCAAUUUGGCAAAGUUUUGAUCACCCUGCUCACACUUGGUUGCCUGGUGCAAAGAUUGCUUACAAUAAACUUACCAAUACACACCAACGUUUAACUUCAUGGAAGAACUCAGAAGACCCUUCAACAGGACUGCAUUCUCUUAGUCUUGAUGCAAAUAAUAGUCAGUAUGUUAUAUUUUGGAAUGGGUCUAAACAGUAUUGGACUAGCGGUUCUUGGGAAUGGGCAGAUUUUCAGCUUAGUACCUGAAUUGAGAGCUAAUUAUA